AUUGUCAUUGAAUUCCAGCAGGUUCAAAAGAGUCUGUGUCUUUUGUGGAAGCAGCUCCGGCAAGAGAAACUGCUAUCGCGAUGCCGCGCUGGAGCUGGGACAAGAACUGGUACUCUACUCUUUCCUCGUAUCAAUGCAUUCCUCUGCUCUAAUAACUAUCGUCUAAUCUCGAUUCCAUGGGUUUUCGAUUCAUUCUCAAGUUGUCCCGCAAGUUGGAUCUUGUUUACGGAGGAGGAAGCGUCGGGUUAAUGGGUUUGGUUUCUCAGGCCGUCCACCGCGGAGGAGGCCAUGUUUUAGGAAUUAUCCCCAAAACACUGAUGUGCGAAGAGAUAACAGGGGAAACAGUAGGAGAGGUCAAAGCUGUAGCGAACAUGCACCAAAGGAAAGCUGAAAUGGCCCGCCAUUCUGACUGUUUUAUCGCCCUACCAGGUGGAUAUGGAACCCUUGAAGAGUUACUAGAAGUCAUAACAUGGGCCCAGCUUGGAAUCCACGACAAGCCUGUUGGCUUGAUUAAUGUGGAUGGCUACUAUAAUCAUUUGCUCACCUUCUUAGACAAAGCCGUGGAUGAUGGCUUCAUUAAACCAUCCCAACGUAGUAUCAUUGUUUCUGCUCCAACUGCAGGAGAACUUGUCCAAAAACUUGAGGAAUACGUGCCAAUGCAUGAUGUAGUUGUUGCUAAGGCAAGGUGGGAAGCAGAACAAUUGGAGCUCAAUUCAUCUUUGCAAACUGAAAUUUAUCGUUAACUCGAGAAAGAUGACAAAGGGUCUCCUUUUAAUUCCUUUCUCUCUUUAACAUUUAGCAAAUGUAAGUAAGCAACUAGCUAGGGUUUAUCCUUUCAAUUUUUUUACUGUAUUACUGUGUAGGAUGGAAAGGAGAAAAUCCAUGGGAUGAAAAAUAAAUUAAUCAAAAUUGUUAAUUUAUGUGCAUGGUUGUUAUUUGUU